AUGAGUAUCACAGACGAGUAUGACCUUGGCAUGUACAAAAACCUUGUCAUGUCAAACAGCUGUAAAAAUGAAGACCUUCUGUGUAUUUUUAAUUCUUCGAGCUUUUUAAACACAAUAUGUUUCUUUAUAUUUAUCAUAAUUGUUUUAUGGUCUAUGACCAUUUUGUCUCGAAUAUAUUUAUCCUAUAGCAUCGUGAAAUUUCUUCGAAAUAGAAAAGCUAUUUAUAUGAAAAAUCUAUCUAAGUACAUUGAGGAUAUAAAAAUAUUAUGCCGAAGCCAUGUUAAUGAUAUAAUAAGGAUUAAAAAAAAAAUAACUCCGAAGGUUGUUGAACGAAUAAAUUUAAACAUAAGUAUAAAUAAGAACAUUCAAUUAUUUAAAAAUUAUUUAAGCUCAAGUGCUAGUGAUUUAAAUAAUUAUUAUAAAUAUUCGAUUGCAUUUACAUUCUCUUCAAAGAAUUGUACACACAUAACUUUAUAUUGGGGUGUGUUAUUAAAAGAAGUUAAUGAUUUUAUAUAUAAAAGAACAAAAAAAAAUAAAAAAAAUAAAGGAAUAGAUAAACAAAAUACAAUUAUAUCUAUUGGAAAUAUAAAAACAUUUUUAAGAGAAGGAUUUAAUAAAACAUUACCUAAAAAAAAAGUAACUGAUGCAACAACAUUUUUGCUAAAUAAAAAAACACAAAAUGAAUUUUACUAUCAAAAUGAAGAAGAAGAUAAUAUAAAUUUUACUAGCUGCUAUUAUAAAACAUCAAACUCCUUUUUUACUAGUGGAAAUAAUAUAUCAUAUAAUAUGCCAUAUGAUGAAAACUUUUGUGUUAGUGAUAUUUUACAUAAAAUUGAAGAAGAAAAAAGAUUGAUGAAUAAUAGUGAAGAUGAAAUAGAUUUAAAUGAAAUAAAUAAAAAUAAUAAAUUUACAAUAGGAAAUAUUUCAAACAAUGAUAUAGAUACUCAUAUUGAAAGUCUAUUUAAUGAAACAACAAAUGUUAGAAUACCUUUGAUUAUUGUUCUUCAAGAAGUUUCCCCUAAUAGUGAUAAGUAUAUGAGUAGUAAUGAUUUAAAUUCAAAUUUUAGUAGUAACGAAAUUUAUUCUGCUAACGGAGAUAGUAAUGCUAGCAGUUAUGCUACUGCAGAAAAUUCUAAUACAAACAAGUUUAGCAAUACAAAUUCAAAUUAUAAUUCAACUCUUGAUAGUAAUGGAAUGAAUAAUAAUACAUCAAAUACAUUAAUUGUAUUAGUAGACUUUAAAAAAAAUAAAGAUAAAUAUAAACCUAUUUUAAUAAAAGAUAUAUGUAUAGCUAAUGAAAAUAAAAUAUCUUCAACACAAAAAUCAAAAAAAAAAAAUAAUCAAUCACAAUUUAUAGAUAUAUUAGAUAUAUAUGGACAUGAAGAACAUGAUAAAGAAUGUUUAAUUUGUAUGGCAUCAUAUAAAGAUACUUUGUUAAUGCCAUGUAGACAUUCAUCAUUCUGUUAUGAUUGCAUGAAAUCACUUAGACAAGAAAAAUGUCCCAUAUGCCGUUGUUUAUUUACUUCCUUUAUUAAAUUCCCUUUAAAAAAUAUUAACAAAUAA